AUGCCUCUACCACUACCUUCACCCUUCAAAGCAAGUUUUUUACUCUUCGUCGCGGCUUUUCUCUCCUCCUUACUGCUCUGGACUGCUCCGCGACGCGUUUCUCUUAGCGACCUCUUCAGCGGCCGCCACAACAACCACACUCCCAAUAUGUCCAACAAGGGAAAAUACACUGUUGCGUACUUCGUCAACUGGGGAAUCUACGGCCGCAAAUUCCCGCCCUCGUUGAUCCCAACUGAGCAUCUCACCCACAUCCUAUACGCCUUUGCCAACAUCAAAUCGGAUGGCGAGGUCGUCCUCUCCGACGACUGGGCUGACAAAGACAUCCACUACCCGGGAGACUCGUGGAACGAUUCGGGCAACAACCUCUACGGCAACUUCAAAGCGCUAUACCUUUUGAAGAAACAACACAGGCACCUCCGUACAUUGCUUAGCAUUGGAGGGUGGACUUACUCGCCCUCAUUCCACCCUGUCGUCGUCAACCCCUCGCUACGGGCCAAAUUCGUGCAGUCCGCAGUCCGGCUGCUGGAGGACUUCGGGCUGGACGGCCUAGAUGUGGACUACGAGUAUCCGUCCAACCAAGAGCAAGCGGUGGGGUAUACCGAGCUUCUUCGGGAGCUCCGGUAUGCCCUCGACGAACAUGCGAGAAGUAAAGGGACCGACUACAGAUUCCUGCUUACCAUCGCGGCGCCGUGUGGCCCAGACAACUACCAGAAGCUGGUGGUUAACCAAAUGGACCGGUACCUCGACUUUUGGAAUCUGAUGGCCUACGACUUUGCUGGCUCCUGGGACAGUGUAGCGAACCACCAGGCGAACAUUUACGGCGGACCUAUCAGUGCUUCAACAGCAGUUGAAUGGUAUAUCUCUCAAGGCGUUGAGCGCUCCAAGCUGAUACUUGGAGUCCCUCUUUAUGGUCGCUCAUUCAUGAACACAGAAGGCCCCGGAAAGCCAUUUUCUGGCAUUGGUCCGGGAAGUUGGGAGCAGGGGGUAUACGAUUACCGCGCGUUGCCGCUUCCUGGUUCGCAUCUUUUCCGUGAUGAGAAAGUCAUGGCGAGCUGGUCGUACGACUAUAACAAGAAGGAGAUGAUCAGCUUUGACACGGAGGAGGUGAUCCGAUGGAAAGCAGAGUGGAUUGCCAACACUGGGUUGGGAGGGGGUAUGGCGUGGGAGAUGAGUGGUGACAAGGGCCGUCCGCGAGAAGGCAUGGAGGGCGGUCCUGGUAAGGACCCACAACCUGGACAAAGUCUUCUUCAGGUGCUCCAUGAAUCGAUGGGCUACCCGGACCGGAGCUACAACUGGCUCAAGUACGAAGGCAGUCGGUUUGAUAACAUGCGCAAUGGAAUGGAAUAG